GGCAUCGCCAAAGAAUACGUAAAUAAAAUUUAUACAUAACGAAAAAUGGCUGCGAGCCGUCGGAAGCAAGACGAUAGAAAUUUGGAAAUUUUGCGUGAACUUAUAUCUCUAAAUGGAAAUAAAUAUUGCUUAGAUUGUAAUCAAAGAGGACCUACCUACGUUAACACUACAAUUGGUUCCUUUGUCUGUUCAAAAUGUUCGGGAAUGUUGCGUGGUCUUACACCUCCUCAUCGCGUGAAGUCGAUCUCAAUGGCCACGUUUACACCGGAAGAGAUAGAAUUCAUAAAAGCAAGAGGGAACGAUUACUGUAGACGCGUGUGGUUAGGUCUAUACGAUGGAGAAAGUGUUAACUUUAACGACGAACAAAGCGUUAAAGAUUUUAUGUCUGAUAAAUAUGAAAAGAAGCGUUACUAUCUCGACUCCCCACUUAAUAAUCCCCCUAUUACUAAUGGUAGUUCGUCUUUAAAAAAUAAAACUAAAGUGAAGUCGAUCGGCGGCGCAUCCAUAACGGCACCUUUGAUAUCAAUAUCUCCGCAAACUUCGAAAAACAGUAAUAAUAAUGUAAUGGUGAGCAUGGCUAAAGUAGUUAGUACACCAGCUAAUGACACCAGUCAAAAAUUGGCAAGACCAGUUAACAAUUUCUCGCAGCCAAUUCCAUCGGUUAUAACCGCUCCUAUCCCCACACCGCCGGUCUCGGCGCCAGUCACUGAUUUUCCUGUUGACUUCACUACAGCAAAUAUUUACAACAGUUCUCAAUUUAAUAAUAAUGUGAAUGAUAAUUUUUUCAACAAUCCGUCCACUACUUUAUCUAAUUUUAAUGCUUUUAAUUCAAACACUACAAGUACCACUAAUCCAAAUGACAGGUAUGCUGCCCUAGCGGACUUAGACUUAGCUUUAAGACAGCAGAAAAUGAAAAAUAUGGAAGAAAGUAAUAAUAUGAAUAAUAAGAAUCCAUUCCAAAGCACAACAACCAAUGAUUUGUUCUCUAAUAAAAAUCCAUUUUUCAAUGGUGGAUGGUCUUCUACACCCCCUGUACCAGUUAAUCCGUUCAUGCCAACAAGCAACCCAACAUUUGGUAAUUCCAAAAACCCGUUUCUUUGAUGAGUCAUUGACAUUAAAUCAUUUAAGAACAAAUAAAAUAGAAAGCACAAAUCAAGCUACAAAUUU